AUGAUGUUCAACUUUGUCUUGACCCUGAUUUCACUCAGUUUGGUGCAUGAGCGUGUUCCUGAUCGAGAUGUGUACGGGCCUCUGCCAGAUGUGUUCCUCGACAAUGUACCUGCAUACGACUGGGCUUUAGAUGUCUCUGAAUACAUCAUUAUCGUCUGUAUCAACACCAGCAUGAUAACCAUGAUCUUCCACAAGCAUCGAUGGAUCGUAUUCCGAAGGAUAUUUCUAAUAAUGUCGCUGUUGUACAUGUACCGUGCCAUCACCAUGUACGUGACAGUGUUGCCUAUUGCCAGUAAAACGUACCCUUGUUCACCGAAAUUGAAUGAAACCUCCCCGCUGAUCAUAGCAAAGCGUGUAGUGAAGUUGAUGUCUGGUUUUGGAUUGUCAGUAAACGGUCAGCACACCUACUGUGGAGAUUUCAUCUAUAGCGGACACACAGUAAUAUUAGUUUUUAGUUAUUUAAUAAUAUCCGAGUACACGCCCAAAAAAUUGUAUCUAGUCCAUUGGCUUUAUUGGAUCGCAGCUUGCAUCGGUGUUAUAAUGCUUGAAAUGUCUCACGGACAUUAUAGUGUCGACGUGAUCAUAGCUUACUAUGUCACGACCAGGAUAUUUUGGACCUACCAUACGUUAGCCAACAACGGCGUUCUCAAACAAUAUUCUUCAAAUAAUUUGCUGAGUCGCGAAUGGUGGUUCGGUAUUUUUUACUAUUUUGAAUGCAAUGUCAGCGCUCCGUUGCCCAAGCAGUUCAAUUGGCCCUUGCCAUGGCCUCGUAGGUGGCAUCUGAAAAGUCGCGCUAGCUAG